AAGCCUAUCUUCGCUGUUGGGUGGGAAUCUCCAUCGCUGGCAAUUAUUCCUCCUCCAAACUUGGUCUCCAAAAGAAACAUGGCCACCCAUCCUGCAAUUCAAAUGACCGGCGUCAAGCAGCCGUUGAAGUUAGUUCAAGUCCCGACCCCAAAGCCCCAGCAAAACGAAGUCCAGGUCCGAAUAGAAUGGGUACCCUCCGCACCCUUGGACGUGUACCAAGUGGAGGCUGGCUUAAUGGCUCAGUUCCCUCAAGGUCUCGGCGACAGCGGUACUGGUACCGUGGUGGAAGUUGGCCCCGGUGUCGAGCGCCUUCGUGUUGGUGAUCAGGUCUUUGGGUUCUUUUUUCACAACGAAAAGGAAAAGGGCCAACAGAUCUAUGUAACCGCGUCAGAACACUUAUUUGGAAAGGUUCCCCCUCGUAUGCCACUCGCCGCUGCGGCUACGGUACCGACGAAUUUCUGUACCGCAUUUCUGACUCUCUCUGACAAGCUUAAACUGGAGCUGCCUUGGCCACGUCCCGCCAGCUUUUCUCCUCAGGACCAACACGUACCAAUUAUUGUCUGGGGCGCAGGGAGCUCUGUUGGUCAAUUCGCAGUCCAGAUCCUCAAAUACUGGGGCUACACGAACGUCAUUGCAACGGCAUCUCCCAAGCACCACACAAAGAUUAAGGGCUACGGUGCUAAACAUGUCAUCGAUUAUCAAGACCCAAACGCGGUUGAUAUAAUCCACAACAUACUUCACACAGAAAGCCCCGGCCUCUCUAUCCGCGCUUUUGAUUGUGUGUCCUCAAAGUCCGGGUCUCUGCAGCACCUCGCCGAAAUCGUAACUCGGCCGGGCUCAACGGUAGCUGCUGUUCUUCCUGUGGUUAUCCGGUCUCCUUCACACAAAGAAGGCGUGCAUAUUUCGGCCGACGUGGUCGCGGAAGCACCCUGGGUGCCGGGUGUAAAUAUCCAUGGUGUUAUAAGCUAUGCGUUUGAAGCGGAUACUUUCCUAAAGGAUCAUCUGUUGCCGGAAAUUGUUCCCGCGCUGCUCAAGCUAGGUGCUGUUGAGCCGAAUAAGUAUCGUGAAGUUCAAGGCGACUCGCUUUUGCAGAGAGCUUCCACGGCUCUGGAUAUCCUACGAAGUGGCACUGUCAGUGGAGAGAGGCUCGUUUGGAAGGUUUGGACCCAGGAGGAAUACCCGCAGUAUAAAUAG